CGACACCACAGCGACUUCAUUGUUUCUGUACUUUGCAUUAAAGCGACACAGCAGUUAAUACAUUUCGCAAAACACGAUAAGUUUGGAUAAGAAGAACACCAAGGCGGUUGAUGGUGGUCCCACCCCCCACGCACUCGCACUCCGGUCGGAGAGAGAGGGAGGGUCAACAUGGCGUCUGAGCAGGAGAGCGCCAACGGGCCGGUGAAGAAGUCCAUGCGGGAGAAGGCCAUCGAGAGACGCGGCGCCAACAAGGAACACAACAGCAACUUCAAAGCGGGCUACGUGCCAAUCGAGGAGGAGCGUCUGCACAAGACGGGUCUUCGCGGGCGCAAGGGCAACAUGGCCGUGUGCGUCAUCGUGCUCCUCUUCCUCCUCGCUUUGAUUAACCUCAUCAUCACUCUGGUCAUAUGGACGGUGAUCCGCAUCGGUCCAAACGGAUGCGACAGCAUGGAGUUCCACGAAUCGGGUCUGCUGCGCUUCAAGCAAAAGGCCGACAUGGGCGUGGUCCACCCACUGCACAAAAGCACUGUCGGGGGUCGCAAAGACCAAGACCUGCUCAUCGUUGGCAACAACAACCCGGUGGUGUUCCAGCAGGGCACCUCCAAGCUGAGCGUGGAAAAGGAUAAGACGUCAGUGGUCAGCGACACCGGGAUAUCAUUCACAGACCCCCGCACCCAGACCACUUUUUUCAGCACCGACUACGACAACCACGAGUUCCACCUUCCCCAAGGAGUCAAGGUGCUCACUGUCAAGAAGGCCUCCACCGAAAGGAUCACCAGCAAUGCCGCGUCGGACCUGAACAUCCGCGGGGACGGCAAGGCCAUCAUACGCGGCAACGAGGGCGUCAACAUCAUGGGCCGCACCGUCGAGUUCCGAAUGGGCGGCGACAUUGAGCUCAGAGCCGAAAACAGCAUCGUGCUGAACGGCUCGGUCAUGUUCAACGCCACGCGCAUCCCCAACUCGGCGGGCGACAUCUACUUCGACGAGGGCGUGGAGCGCUACAAGCUGUGCAUGUGCGUCGACGGCACGCUGUUCCGCGUGCAGGUCAAGUAUCCCAAUAUGGGCUGCCAGACCUCAGACAACCCGUGCCGAAACACCCACCAAGGACUGUAACCCCAACCCAUGCCUCCCUAUCACAAAAAGAAGGGGGAAAAAAACUGUAGUCAUGGAUUACAUGAUCACAGGCGUUUGGAAGAUGCAGUGUUUUGUUUUACCAUCCAGUAUUUUUAUUAUUAUUAUUUAUAUCCUUGAGGGUUUCACAGGGACUUAUUUGGCAGCUGUGUGUGCGUGUGUGUGUGACGUGUUUACUGACCACUAAGUGAUUAGUAGGAUUUAUGCACUGCAGUCAUGCUCAAAGAUCUCAAGCUGUCAAUCAUUACAUUGGCUUCGCGAAAAGAGUUUCAUAUAGAAAAGAUAGAUUGUGCUUUACACUCGCCAGACAUCUGUGGAAUCUUAAUGAGCUCAUACGGUCAAAAUGUUGCACACGGCUCUCACAGGUACGAUGCGGUUAAUCGAUCAAUUCACCCCUCCUGUUAUACUGCGGGUCAAAUUGAUCCGUUAAAAAGAAAAACAUAUUUGGAUCCUAAAAGGAAACAUCAGAUUACCGGUAAAUAAAUAAGUAAACUCUCCGGGCCUUUUUUUUUUGUUCUUUAAAUUAUAUACCUGUACAUUUUCAACAAAAAAAAAAAGAAAUGUGUCAUUUGAUCCAUUCUGCACUUAUACUGCUUGCCUUAGUUUAAAAAAAAUAGUUCAUUGAUGGAUUUUAUCAUAUUUUUAAAUUGUAUUUUAUUUUGUAGGUCAAAUCAAGGUGUCUCAAAAAAAAUCGAAGAAAAUAUUUUUUUUUAAAUAAAAAUUCUCCUGAUGGCCUUAUUUUUGUUCUAUUAAAAAAAUCUUCACGACCCUAUUCAAAUGCCAGAUUUUUGUGGCAAUUAAAAUAGCACGAUUUUAAAGAAAAUGUCAGAAAAAAGCCUACUAGAACAUCUGGAGUUCACUUGAGGUUAAUCAAAGAUACUUUAAAUGGUUCCGGGUGUAUGCUGACUCGGUAAAAGAAAGUGAAUGUGGUUGGUUAAUUCUGCGCAGCCCCAUAACUCCAAUGAUAUAAUUUCAUUUGUUUAUUUUAAUUUACCCCCCCCCCCCCUUUAAAAUAUUUUUUCAUCAGUUAAGCUGAGUAUAGGUCACAUUAAUGGAGGAAAAUGUUUUUAAAUGCCUCAUCUUGGUCUCGCUUCACAAAAGCUUGGUAUUUGAACAGAGAUGUGUCAAAUUUUUAUAUCCAUUGUGUUUGGAUUUUGUUUAUGUCUAAAAAUAUCCAGCACAUUUUUUUUCUUUUUUUAAUGACUAAACAUAUCCAGCACAAGCAUGUUAACCCAAGAAAUUUCUCAAGAACCAAAACAUAGCAGGGGGGUUAAUACUACAAAAUUAUUUGGAUUUUGUACAAUCUCAAUGAGGAUCGAUGGGAAAAUGUGUAACAUUUGCUUGACAACAUUGUGGUGUGUUUGUUUGAAAUAAAACGUGGCGUGUCAGCGUG